AAUAGGCUACUUUUUCCAUUUAUAAAGAGAGACAAGAGAAAAUGUCAGAGAAGAGAGACACUCCAACUUCUACAUGAAUCCGAGAACCAUCACAGCUUUAGAUUCAACGGGGACAUUGAAACUAUUUUAUUACAUAAUAACUCUGUAACAGUCAAUCGGAACCUGUACCGACUGACACUUCAGCUUCAGUGCAACCACUGAUUUGUGUUUGGUAGCCUAAAUUCGGUCUUAGCUACUGAAACCUGGUUGAUUUGAACUGUCAUGUUGUUAGGCCUAUUAGAAUUACAACGGAAAUAUGUAGAACUAUAAUGAGGAUCAAAAUCUGUAGACAAUGAAAGUUGGGUUUUGUGAACAUCCGUGUGAGAGAACUGUCAACAAGUGCGCAUUGCUUCAAAUACACGAGGUCGCACUGAUCAACCAAAAAGGCAAAUAGUCAACUUGCUCUUUCCGCGACAUCAAUUUCUUUUCAUGGUUUUUGGGCGAUACAAACGACUUUUUCCAAGUUUCAAAAUUGCAUUCAACAAUUGCAACAAAAGCUCUUCGUCUUUCUGACCCCCUCGCCCUCUUCACCCCUCUCCCUCACACUCCUUUUCCUCCCGCUUAUCCACUCAAUCUCCCCCUCAACCCUGGUUUUCGAUCCCUCUCCUCCCAUAAAGCUGCAGCCAUGACCUCGGCCACUCCCCCGUCCUCACGUGGCCCCUCCCCCGAAAAGGUGUGUCACUCAAUGACCCAGACGGAGGUUCUGAAGCCGCUGCUGGGGGCGGUGGGGGAGGCAGCGGCAACGGUCUGUGCGCUCCGACGGAGACGACGCGUUCUCUCCAAGGACGGGCACAGCAACGUGCGCAUCGAGCAUGUGAGCGGGCGCGGGGCGCUGUACCUGCGUGACAUCUGGACGACCUUCCUGGACAUGCAGUGGCGCUACAAGCUCUUCCUGUUCUCGGCCACCUUCGCCGGGACCUGGUUCCUGUUCGGGGUUCUGUGGUACCUGGUGGCGCUGGUGCAUGGAGACCUGCUAGAGUUUGACCCGCCGUCCAACCACACCCCGUGUGUGAUGCAGGUGCAGACCCUAACGGGGGCGUUCCUCUUCUCGCUGGAGUCCCAGACCACCAUUGGCUACGGCUUUCGUUGCAUCACAGAGGAAUGUCCUGCCGCCAUCAUCCUCCUCAUCCUCCAGCUUGUCAUUACCAUGGUUCUGGAGAUCUUCAUCACAGGAACCUUCCUCGCCAAGGUGGCGCGGCCCAAGAAGAGAGGCGAGACAGUGAAGUUCAGCCGGCACGCCGUGGUGUCCAAUCACGAGGGCCGACCCUGCCUCAUGAUCCGAGUGGCCAACAUGCGCAAGAGCCUGUUACUGGGCUGCUCGGUAACAGGGAAGUUGCUCCAGACAUCCCAGACCAAGGAGGGGGAGACGGUGCGACUGGACCAGAGGAACGUUCCCUUCCAGGUGGACAUGUCCAGCGACAGCCCCUUCCUCAUCCUCCCACUCACCUUCUACCACGUUAUUGAUGACAGCAGCCCACUCAGAGCCUGGGCCAUCAAGGGAGGGGGAUGGACGGAUCCGGAUCUGGCAGACUUUGAGCUGCUGGUGAUCAUGAGUGCCACGGUGGAGCCCACCUCCGCCACCUGCCAGGUGCGCACCUCCUACCUGCCUGACGAGAUCCUGUGGGGGUACGAGUUCCCCCCCGUGGUCUCCCUGUCCCCCUCUGGGAAGUAUGUGGCCGACUUCGCCUUCUUUGACAAGGUGGCCAAAACAAAGACCAUCCCCCUCGUCAAACAGGUCUCGCCCCCAAGCCCAGCCAUGCGCUCCUCCCUUUACCAUUGCAGCAACAGAGGGGGCGCGGAGGAAGGGGCAGACCUGGAGAAGAUCAAACUGGAGGAGGGCUAUAGAGGGGAGGAGAGGGGGAGGGGCAGGGGGCGAGAUAGUAGUCUUCUCAGUGUCCGUAUCAGCAAUGUCUAGAGAGAGAGAGAGAGAGAGCACUAGUAGGAUGCAAUGAGAGAGCAAGGAGAUAUGAUAGGAGAUAUGUAUGGACAUCGAACAAUUAUCAAGUGAGAAAACAUUAUUGAAUGCAAUAGAGAAGAGCUGCUCCCCUGUUGGGAAACGUGAACACAAAACACACACACUUACACACACAUGCGCUUGUGUUUUGGAUUUGAUGGGAAUGUAUCACCCCUUGUGGUUGAUGAGGAUUCCGCAAGCAAUAACCUGGAAAGGGACAACAAACUGUACAUCCGAUCUGGGUUUACUGUACUGUAAUCAAAGAUGGACUAAAGGGGCUUUUUAAACUUCAUAUGUCUGUAUUUGUUUAAUGAAAGUACUUGUGUAACUAUAAAGGUUGACUGGUUUAUGUGAACAUAACAUGGUUUACUUGGACAUAAUCACAGAAUCAUGGUACUGUCUGUUUUUUACACAAAAAGGUACUGGGAGUGGAAGCACUGGAAAACAAACUAUUUUUCUUGAAGGAUUUUGACUGAAUAUAUCAUAUUGUAUGUAUGUGUAUUUGUCCCUAUCGAUGCGAACAAUGCCAGUACUCAUUCUUCUGAAUAUAUGUUUAGCAGGGCUGGGGUAAAUUACGUUUCAAUUCCAGUCAAAAAAGUAAAGUAAACCAAAUUCCAAAUCCAAAUGGUCCUUCUUGAAAAGCAUUGAAAAUAAUUGUAAUUUCAGUGUACAUCCUCAAUUGUCUGGCAUUGAAAUGGAAUUGACACCAACCCUGAUGUUCAGAGUUUGUUCUUUUAUGUUUUCUUUUCACUGGAAUAUAUGCAUUGAAGAUGUAUGUUAACAAUACUAAAAGCACUUUAACUUGGUGGAAAAUUGUACUUUACACAAUGGAGAGUAAUGGGACUAACUUCCUAAUUUCAUGCGCUGUGUGUGUGUCUGUGUGCGUGUGUGUGCAAGCAUGUUUAUAUGAGUCAAUGUGAGUGCAAUUCUGAAUGUGUAUGUACUUCUUAUUCAUAAUGCACUUCAAAACCUGAACACUUAUGCCUUUUGAUAUGUCAAUGUCAUUUUUACAGUACAGUCGUGGCCAAAAGUUUUGAGAAUGACACAAAUAUACAUUUUCACAGUCUGCUGCCUCAGUUUGUAUGAUGGCAAUUUGCAUAUACUCCAGA